AUUCAUUAGCAGUUGGAUGUUCUAUAUUGAAACUUUCUCUCUCUAUUUUCUUUCAUUUUCUCGGGAAAUUUUUUCUUAGAUCGAAGGAAAAUCCCUCAUAAACUCUCCUCUCGGCCAGUGCCUCCCGCCACAGUCCCAUCUCUCUUCUGCAUUUUACUCGGAAUUUUUUUUCUUUCCUUUUAUCAUUUUCUUUUUCUCGGAAAAAGUAUGGGAAUGGCAAAGAGACACGCUAUACUGUCAGCUUUUCUCUCUCCCAUGUGUGAGUGAGAGACACUGAAAACGGCACAGUUUCAUUACACAUUCGCACUUUUCUUCUUCUUCUUCUUCUUUUCCUUUUUUUUUUGUUGUUGGGUUUUUGAAAGAGUGUAUAGUCAGAACCCUUCUCUCGUUUUUCCACGAAUGCAGAAUGGGAAUCUCUGUGUUUCGAGGCUCUUUGAAAGCUCAUUUUCGUUUUCGCUUUUUAUUUAUUUUUUCUGAGUUAAUCCAGUUGAGGAUAUAAAGUCUCUUCCUUUGGCAUCAAAAGUGAUCUGAGCUUCGAGUACAAGAAAAAAUGGAACUUUAAGUAAAUUUCGUCGGUGGGUUUUGGAGAAAAUGUUGCAUACUUGAUCAACGUCGUCUUAGAAAUUGAAUUUUUUUUCGAAAAUCCUUGUUGUUGAGCCAAAAGGGUAUCCUUUCCUAUCAAUAUGUCAGGAGCUCCACGAGUGAGGUCCAUGAAUGUGGCUGAUUCCGAGUCCCGGGCUGUGCUUGGUCCUGCUGGAAACAAGGCCGGGCCAUGGAGUGCGAGGAAACCCACUUCGAAGACACUGAGAAAAGUAGACAAAUCGCCUGAAGAGGCCACAUUGGCCGAGGAGAAGAAGGCCCGUCAAAUGUCUUCUUCUUCCACCACAACUUCUCCUCAGCCUCAUGCUCAUUCUUCGAGUGUUCCUUCGGUCCUUCGCCGGCACGAGCAGCUAUUGCACUCUAAUCUUUCGUUGAACGCUUCAUGUUCUUCUGACGCUUCUACAGAUUCUUUCCAUAGUAGAGCAUCAACCGGUAGGCUGACUCGGUCGUAUAGCACAGGGAGUAGGAGGAAGCAGUAUCUUUCGAGGACAAGAAGUGUUGCUUCUGAUGGAGGGUUGGAGUCUCUGCCUGGUGAUUCCCAGCACAAGAAGAGGUGUUCGUGGGUGACGCCUAAUACAGAGCCAUGUUAUGUUGCUUUCCACGACGAAGAAUGGGGGGUUCCGGUACACGAUGAUAAGAAACUAUUUGAGCUGCUUGUUCUUUCAGGUGCAUUGGCUGAGCUUACAUGGCCUGCCAUAUUAAGCAAAAGGCACAUUUUUAGGGAAGUUUUUGCAGAUUUUGAUCCAGUUGCUGUCUCAAAGUUGAAUGAGAAGAAGAUAUUAGCAGCAGGAAGCACUGCAAGCUCCCUAUUGUCAGAGCUAAAGUUACGCGCUAUUAUAGAAAACGCACGACAAAUAUCUAAGGUGAUAGAUGAGUUUGGAUCCUUUGACAAUUACAUUUGGAGCUUUGUGGGCAACAAACCUAUAGUUAGCAGGUUCCGUUACCCGCGCCAGGUUCCAGCUAAAACCCCAAAAGCCGAUGUGAUAAGUAAAGACCUAGUGAGACGGGGCUUCCGAAGUGUAGGACAAACAGUCAUAUAUUCCUUCAUGCAAGUUGCAGGAAUCACUAACGACCAUCUUGUUAGUUGCUUCAGAUUUCAGGAGUGCAUAAAUGCAGCAGAAACGAAGGACGAAAAGGGUACCAAGAAUGAGCCUGAAGAGAAGAAAAUGGACAAUGGAACCACCGAAUCGGAUCUAUGCAUUGCCAUUGGUAAACUAAGUUUCAGCACAGAAUGAUAAAAACAACAAACAAACACCAUAUGAAAGAUUAGAGUUUUCAUGGUUUGGUGGCAAAUGGAGCUUUUUGGUUCAAUCAUUAGUAGUAUUACUACCCCCCAAAAUUGGCAUGCUUCAAAGGCUACUUCUAGUACUAUACCAGGUAGUAGCAAAGAUGAUUGAUUGUGUAUAAAAACUUCAUGAAUUCUUAAAGCUUAUAAGCAUCAUGGAUUGGUUUCUCUA